AUGUCGACGCCAACGUCCAACGAGUCGCGGUUCCAAGCCCAGAACAAGACGACACAGGAGCGCAUCUCCAACACCACCGUCGGACUGGUGACGCAUGCCGACUUUCGCAAGCGCCGCGCCGAGGUCCUCGAGGCGCAGGAGCGCGAGGCCAGCGGCACCCCCGUCGACCGGUCUCUAACCACGACACCCGACCCGGCCACCGCUGAAGGAGCUGCUGCCGCCGCCGCGGCCGUCAAGGCCAAGAAGCAGGCCAAGAAACGCAAGGUCACCAAGCUCAGCUUUGACGACGGCGAGGAAGAUGAGGAGAACGGUACCACCAGGAAAGACGCUGAAGAUGGCGGACACAGCAGCAAGGAGACAGUCAAGGCAAAAUUCAAGGCAAACAGCAACGUCUCGGUUGUACCGCGGGCCGUGACCAAGGCGGCGCUGCGGCGGGAUGCUGCCGAGAGGGAAGCUCUCCGAAAGGAGUUUCUCGAGCGUCAAGAGAUUGUCAAGACGACCGAGAUCGCGAUUCCCUUUGUCUUUUACGAUGGAUCCAAUAUUCCUGGCGGCACGGUGCGCGUCAAGAAGGGAGAUUUCGUCUGGGUCUUCCUCGACAAGAGCCGCAAGGUCGGAGCCGACUUGGGCGUUGGUGAAAAGGCAAACGCUCGCCGGGAAUGGGCAAGAGUCGGAGUGGAUGAUUUGAUGAUUGUUCGCGGCAACAUUAUUAUUCCUCAUCAUUAUGAUUUCCUCUACUUCAUCAUGAACAAGACCGUGGGGCCAAACAAUAAGCGCCUAUUCGACUAUACAAGCGAGGCGCCAGCUCAAACCAAGUCUGACGAUACGCCAUUUGAUCCCCUCUCCACAGCGGCCAGUAAGGCAGCCAAGGCGGCUGAAGAGAUGAGCAAGUUGGAGGGCGCCUCCGAUGACCCAACAUACACCAAAGUGGUCGACAGGCGAUGGUAUGAGCGGAACAAGCACAUUUACCCGGCCAGCAUGUGGCAAGAGUUUGAUCCCGAAAAGGACUACAACCAGCAGGUGCGGCGCGACUUGGGCGGCAACACGUUCUUUUACUCGUGA